GGGAUGACGUCAUACGGAAGUGUUAUGCCACCGGUGCUGUGAGCAUCGCAUGGAUACAGACCUAAACUAAAGUUAUGGAGAAAAAUAAUGAUGACAGUCUGAGCCAGGUCCGCCAUGUUAUACUAGUCUUGUCAGGAAAAGGAGGUGUGGGCAAGAGCACCAUCACCACAGAGUUAGCUCUGGCCUUCAGGCAUGCAGGCAAAAAGGUUGGCAUCCUGGAUGUUGACCUGUGUGGACCCAGUAUCCCCCGUAUGCUGAGUGUCGGCCGACCUGAUGUGCACCAGUGUGACUCAGGCUGGGUACCGGUCUACACUGAUGCCCAGAAAAGUCUCGCCCUUAUGUCCAUUGGCUUCCUCAUGGAGGACCCUGAUGAAGCGGUGGUGUGGAGGGGGCCAAAGAAAACAGCUUUGAUUGGCCAGUUUGUGUCAGAUGUAGCAUGGGGAGAGCUGGACGUCCUGCUGGUGGACACGCCCCCGGGGACAUCCGAUGAACAUUUAGCCGUCCUGGAGAACCUCAAGAAACACAGAGUAGAUGGAGCCGUUCUGGUCACCACACCUCAGGCAGUAUCAACAGGGGACGUACGGAGAGAGAUCACCUUCUGUAAGAAGACAGGUGUACGGAUCCUGGGCAUUAUUGAAAACAUGAGCGGCUUUGUUUGUCCAUACUGCUCAGAGUGCAGUAAUAUAUUCUCAAAGGGCGGUGGUGAAGAGUUGGCCAAGCUGACUGAAUCGGUCUUCCUCGGUUCUGUGCCCUUGGAUCCUCAACUCAGCAGCAGUAUAGAGGAGGGCAGAGACUUCAUGCAGUCAUUCCCUGAGAGCGCCACCUUCAGUGCCAUCAGCAGUAUUUCUGAGACUCUACUCAACAGCCUCCAAACAGUUUGACACAGAAUGUAUAUGUAUAUAUUUUAUGCUUAAUUAGUCAUUCAACAGCCUUAGACAUGUUACAUUUUGUCAUGUACAUAAAGAAAAAUAAUCUUGACUGUACUUGAUUUGUACUUGUGUGAAAUUACUUCCUGCCAGUGCAGUGCAAGCUUUAUCUUUCACCAUUGCUGCACCAAGCUUUGAUGUGUUAACCACAGUGUGAAGAUGAUCAGUUCUCACCUCAUUGUCUGUUUUACACUGCAUGUUGAGCUCUUUUUCUAAUAAAAGCUGCCUCUGCAAUCACAGAAUAAAACAGUACUGAGAACACUGUACAUUUGACGUUGAAGCCAGUCAAAUCUAAGUUGGAAUCUUCUUUAAUUCGAUUGUGAAAACAUUCACGUCGACACAUCAGGAUAACUUCAAUACCAGUGGUAAUACAGGAUUGUAGAUUGGUGCUUCAGUAAAUGCAUCUGCAGCAGUUCCAUUUUCAGAAAACAUACUCCAGAUCAAAUCGGAACAGUCCUUUUGAUAAACUAGGCCAGUCCCAAACACUAAUCUCACAGGAUUUCUGUGAUUAUGCUACAAACUAUACCAUCAAGUCUUGUGUCAUUUAAACAAUUUUUUGUGAAGGCGCUAUGCGUACGGUCUCUUGAUCUGGAUUAAAUCAUCUGAAAGUGGCCUGCUCCUCAGCAUCAUAUCCAACAGCAACAAAACACUGAAAUCCAUGCAGGAUUCUAAUGGCUGGAAUGUGGAAGAGAUGAAUUACAGCCACAGAUGGGAGGGGGGAGUGAAGAAGAUGGAGAGGAGAUGAAAUUUGGAAAUUACACUUGUGAGACCCAACACUGGGCACACACACCUUUAAUGCAAACAGCAGUACUACAGGAAAAACACUGAAGUUUGAGAAUGUUUGCGUCAUGAUUAGAAUACAGCUACACACAAAACUCCCACUCCACCAGCAACAUACUAAAGGCAAUCUUAAUUAUUAAACCAAGAGUUACAUCCAGAGGAAUUCCAACCACUUAUCACAAUUAACCCACAGUGCAUAAAAUCUAUCUAUAUAGAUAUUUAUAUGUCUGUAUAUAUGUAUAAUAUAUCCUGGGGAAUUAAAGUUCAAUGAACAAUUUCUUAUAAAUAAAAUCAGUGGAAAAAAAAUCUUAAGUCCAUACACAUUUCUCUUUACAAACAGAUCCUCAAGAUUAAAUGCAGAAACUGUGUCGACUCCCAAAGAUUUGUGGGAGGAAUAAGAGCUGUGCGGCCCUUUGGUCAGCUCUAAAACCAGAGGCCGAGCUGCCUCAGCUGGCCUCAAGGCCCAAAUAAGUGGAGGG